AUGGGUUCAACCCUCGACCGGUACUACAUGAAGCGCAACUCGGGCAGGUUUGUCAAGAAGACCCCGGCGUGCAUCAAGGACCACCUUCGGACUCUCAUGGCGCCAGUACAAGCUGAAACGAUGUCGUCGAUCCCCUUGAUUGACUUGCUCAACCAACCACUCGGAGCGAUCAUCGGGGUGCAGCCCGUAGAUGCAGCGGCUACCAUGAAGCGCCACAUGUCACAAAUCGAAACGGUGGUCAAGCAAGUUGGAGUCGACAUCGAACCGUUCGUCGUGUGGGGAACACUGCUGCGCAAUAGCAAGCAGAUUGACAUGAUAAAAGUCCUCACCGAGCAAAUCAAGCCUCUCAUGGACCGGGUCCAAGAUAUCGAGGCGACGUUGGCUGCUUCCGCGAGAAUUGCAGGACAGUGA